AUGGACCAAUUCGCCACGUCUGUCGGUCACUUAACCUCCAUGCAACAAGGAAUCUAUGUCUCCUGCAUCCUCCUUUCCUCCUCAGUAUCCUCUUUAGCAAGCGGCCAUAUCUCCGACCGGAUUUCGCGAAAAUAUGGACUCCUCAUUGGUAGCAUCCUCUCUCUUAUCGGGACCGUCAUCUCCGCAUCUUCGCCCAACUUCGCAGCUCUCAUCGUCGGCCGUCUGAUCACGGGAAUGGGAAUGGGCCAAGCCAUUUCCGUCGCGACGGUCUAUCUCGUGGAGAUCGCCACGGCGGAUAUCCGUGGGGUGACUGCCUGUCUCCUGCAGCUUUUCGUGGUAGUUGGGAUCAUGACUGGGUAUUUUAUCGCAUAUGGAUCUCAUGAAUUAUCAGGCAGCAUGGCCUGGAGAUUGCCGUUCAUUGUGCAAGCGGUCAUGGCAGCUAUCCUCUCCCUCGGGUUGCUGCUCCUGCCUUUCUCGCCCCGGUGGCUCGUCCAGGCCGGCCGAAGCGAUGAUGCAAGGCGUGUCUUGAGCAAGUUACGGACAGCGACAGCAGUUGACGCCGAGCUACGUGAAAUCCAGCAGAGCUUACAGUCAGAUAGACACAAAUCGGUUGCCAGCUGGGCAGAGAUUUUUGGUCGAAAGUAUAUUAGCCGAACGUCUCUUGGGAUCUUCCUAAUGUCUUUCCAACAAUUGACUGGGGCAAGGUCACUAUAUGCCAGAUAUGGUCACUCCACUGCGGAUUCAGUCAUUCUCACCUCGACCGCAGCACAGUGGGUAGUCAUUGUUUUGAUAUAUGUAUUUGUGGCCAACUUUUCCUGGUCGUGGGCCGUGGUUGGCAAAAUCUACGCCUCCGAGAUUAUCCCUACCAGGCUUCGGGCCAAGGUCUGCGCCUUGGAACUGGUCGCUAACUGGAUCAUGAAUUUCAUUGUGACUCUCACGGCUCCUCUGUUCCUACGGUCGUCACCCAGCGGUCCAUACUUUCUCUACGGCUUUGCCACCAUCGUUUCUGCGGCAGUCUGUUACUUGAUGCCGGAGACAAAAGGGCAGAGUCUGGAGAAGAUUGAGGGUUUAUUUGAAAAGAGGGGAGAACGGGAGGAGCCUCGCGUAUAG